AUGAAAACUAAAGAAUCAAUUCAAUUACCAUCAACUUCAACAACACACAACAACAUUCAAACACAUGAAGAUAUUAGUAGGAAACUUCGCCUGGAAUUAGUAAAUAACAAUGAAAAAACAUUCAAAAAAUACAAAGAAAACGUACCUAAUACAUCUAUUUUUAUAAAACCAAAAAACUUUAAGUUCGUUUUUCAAAUGUGUGGAAAAUACGAGGAAAAAAUUCUUCCUGUUGAUUACUCUCUGUUUGUUCAGUCCUGGCCUGGGGAAUUGUGUGACAGAAUGAAUUGUCAUGUUUCAACGAACACCAGGUUUGUUCCCGAAGGUUUUUUGAUACAUGGAUUUUGGCCUCAAUCAAACGAAGGUUUUAUUAACUGUUGUUCUAAUGAAAAUUCAAUUGAAAAUGUUGAAAAUUUGAUAUUGACAAAUAAAGAGUUGAAAAAAGAAAUUGGAAAGUAUUGGUUUUCAAAAAAUAAAUGCAGAUUUGCAUUAUACGAAUUUGACAAACAUGGUUCAUGCACUUUGGAUGUAUUUAAAGGAGAAAGAGGUCCAUUGGACUAUUAUUGGAUGGUCAUUAACUUGAGAAAGAAUAUAGAUAUUUGGACACUGUUGAAAGAAAGUGAAUUAAAAGUAAAACCAAUGAAUAGGUAUAAAUUUGUUGAAAUAAAAAAUGUAUUGAAACAACAAAUUGGAGUCGAACCCGUAAUUAAAAGCACCAACUUUGGUUCGAUAGCAGAAGUAGUAAUUUGCUAUGAUUUGAACGAAGAAAACAAACACAAUCCAAAACCAAUUAAUUGUCCAUAUUAUAUGUAUGAAAAUGAAUGGAAUAACUCCCCUGAAUAUAUCUAUUUUAAACCAUUUCCAGAGGCUUUUAAAAACAUCGAGAAAACAACAAAAACAGACUGCGAUUAUUAA